AUGUCGGCCAAACACGCCGAGAGGACCAUUAGCUACGCGUCUCCGGAGGAUUGGGACUCCUGGUCCAACGAAUUCAAGAAACUGGCGCACGCCUACGACCUAUGGCAGUAUAUUGAUCCGACCGAUCGUAUCCGAUGGCCUCAGCGACCAGAACUUCCAGAAAUCCGAGACUACCCCAGACAAGCAGAUCCGGACGAUCCCGAUAGUGGCACAAUGACGCCCGGCUCAGAUUACGUACCGCCCCGGCGAAUCGGAGAGUUGACGUCUGAAGGAAGAGCGGAAUACGAGCAUGAUAUCAGGAUCUACUCUCUGAAAGAAACGGCGUAUAGAGAGACGAAGAAACAAGAGCAGAAGCUGGUCGAGUUUGUCCUCAAGACGGUCUCGGCCACGUAUCAGAAAACAUCCUGCGUCACGGGAGACCGAUUGGACAAGUGGUAUCAGGAGCUACGAAGAUCUGGAGUGGUAUACAACGAACGCCUUCGACCCGAAGCGCGCGACAAGUACCACAAAGCCGUACAUACAGCCCCGAAGAUCAACAAACUCAACGAGUGGGUAACGGAGUGGGAGACGACCAUGGCCGAAGCGAUCAGCAAGAAAGUCCCUGAUGCUCUCGAUGCGCAAUGCUGGGCGGAAGACCUGAACCGAGCAAUGUAUCACGUCCUCCCCAGCUGGGCAUCUACUUUCCGACAACACCGACGCCCUCAAAUCCUCAAUAAUUCCCUCAACUAUCGAGAAGUCGCUGCCGACAUUCGAUACGAAGCCAAAAUGGCCAACGCUAGCGGAAGGCCGUCAGGAAUCAAGAGAGGCGCAUUCGCAGCCACAUACGGCGCUGCAUCCAGGAACGACAGACCUGCAGUCACAGACCGCGAUAAUGACACUAUUGAAGUCCAAGGAGACGCCUCAGAUUGGGCGACGGACGAAACAUCCUAUGCACAUCGAGAUACGCGAGGCCAAGGCCGUGGGCGUAGAGCACGAGGCGGCGGAAGAGGAGUAUCAACAAAACGAAAACGAGCAGAGACGACCGUCAAUCCGAACCCGGAUGGCCCUACCUGUCGAGGAUGUUUAGGUUUCCAUGACUGGAAAGGCUGCUGGUACUUAUUCCCAGCCCAGAAAGCCGAAGGAUGGGAGCCCAACCAAUCGAUACAACGAUUAAUAAAUGACCGUCUCAAGAACGAUAUUGGUUUGGUGGAGGAAGUCAAACGAUUGUCCAAAAGUCGAGACAGAACCACUCAGGACGAGUGA